AUGACAUUUUGCUCAUCAGUGCCUGGAUCAGGCGCAUUUUGGAAAAGAAUUGCAGCUUACUUUGGGGCAAGCCAGAAAGCUGAAGGGUCCAAACCGAGAGAGUCGACGCACUGUAAGCAGCGGUGGCAGAAGAUCAAUGACCUUGUGUGCAAGUUAUGUGGCUCGUUUGAAGCUGCAACAAGGGAGAAGACCAGCGGACAAAAUGAAACUGAUGUCCUAAAAAAAGCGCAUGAGAUCUUCUACAACAACCAUCAAAAGAAGUUCAAUCUCGAGCAUGCGUGGAUGGAGCUCCAAAACGAUCAGAAAUGGUGCGAUCUUUCAAGCUCAAAACUGGAGGGAAUCUAUAGGAAGAGGAAGGUGGCCGAUGCUGGAGCUGCAACUGAAGCUGAUGAAUGCACCAGUCGUCCACCGGGUGUAAAGGCAGAUAAGGCACAUGGUAAGUUGAGGAGAAGGGGGUGUCAGAGUUUGAGACAAUGUGGACCAUCAAAAAUGUGGACCAUCAAACAGGCUGAUCUAGCCUCUAAAGAAAGGCUCUCCAAGAUGGCUCUGCUUGACAGGCUGUUUGCAAAAGAAGGACCAUUGAAUGAGCGUGAGAAAGCGCUAAAGACCAGGCUGAUAGAUGAAUUGUUGGCUGUGAGAGACUGUACUUUGGGACAGAGACUUGUGUGUGUCUGUGGUGCAGAUUGUGAGUGGAAAGGUCACGAGAGUGAGUAUGUUGCAUCACGAGAGAGGGAGAGAGAGUGA